GAACUUAGAAGUGAAUAUACGACCACCAACCUUGAUGCCCAUUUCUUUCCAAUCAAAAGAAAAUUCCUGAUUACUCACUCGUCGUAUUUCUGCACAUACCAUAAUCAGAGACGAGAUUAGAAACAAGGAGUCAAGAUGCCUAAAGGCAAGUGGAUCGACAAGAAGACGGCCCAGCACUUCACGCUGGUGCACCGUCCGCAAAAUGACCCCCUCAUCCACGACACCGAAGCGCCUUCCAUGGUGCUCAACCCCACCGCGCUCCCCAACGCCUCCAAAGUCAGAAAACUCGACGACCUCGCGUCCGAGCUAGGAACCGACGCGGAGCGCAUCCGCGCCAACGAGGGCGAGGCCGCCAACCACGGCAUCUACUUCGACGACAGCGAGUACGACUACAUGCAGCACAUGCGCGACCUGGACUCGGGUAACGGCGGCGGCGAGGUAGUCUUCAUCGAGGCGGACGGAAACAAGAACAAGGGCAAGGGCAAGCAGAAGCAGAGCCUCGAAGACGCGCUGCGGCGGCUGGACGUCGAGGACGAGGAGCGCAAGCGGGACGACCUGUUCGGCGACGACUUCCUGCCCUCGAAGAACCUGCAGCACCUGACGUACCAGGCGCAGCAGAGCGUGCCCGAUGCCAUCGGCGGCUUCCAGCCGGACAUGGACCCGCGGCUGCGGGAGGUGCUUGAGGCGCUCGAGGACGAGGCGUACGUCGACGACGACGAGGACAUCUUCGUCGAGCUGGCGAAAGACGGACAGGAGCUAGACGACGUCGAAUUCGAGGAGGAAGACGGCUGGGAGUCCGACGACACCGCCAAGCCGACCAAAGAGUUCAAGGACUCCUCCGAAGCGCCGGACCUAGUCCCUGUCGCGGACGGCGAAGCAUCCGAGAACGGAGACUGGCUGGAGGACUUCAAGAAGUUCAAGAAGGACCAGUCCAAGCCCGCCGCGAAGCAGUUCGGCGCACCUUCGGAGCUGCAGUCUUCGCUCAUGACCACGACCACGAACGGCGGGCGACGAAAGAAGCGCAAGGGCGCUCUGACGAGCCAGUCGGGCUACUCGAUGACUUCUUCGUCUCUCGUCCGCACGGAGCAGCUCGGCAUCCUCGACGCGCGCUUCGAGAAGAUCGAGGAGCAGUACAACGAGGACGAGUUCGAGGACGGCGACGAUGACACCGCCUCCAUGUCGCAGAUCUCGACUGCGUCUAGCGUGACGGGAUCGGUAAGGAACGACUUCGACAACAUCCUCGAUGAUUUCCUGGGAGGGUAUUCCAUGCACGGCAAGAAGCAGAUGAAGAAGGGCAAGUGGAAGAGCGGCACGGCUCAGCUGGAUGAGAUAAGACGAGAGUUAGGACCAGCCAGAAUUCGUGGUAGAACUACUCAACCGCAGACGUCUUGAACGACAUCAGCGUCGGCGUCGAGAUAGGAUGGACAUAUUGAUAGAUACCCACAGAGUCUGCCUCAAUGAAAAAGCUACAUGUCACGCACGUUACGAUAUCUGUUUUGGUGAACAACGAAUUUACACAUCGAGAGAAGUAUCAAUUCGCAUUUAUUGCUAUAAUGUACCACUGGCAAGG